GGUUCCAACAUUAGCAGGGCUGUCAUGGCAAUGUGAAACAUAUGGAGACAGCCAAAUCACAUGAUAAAAUAAUUCCUCAUUCGUGUAGCCAAUAGGGAUACCUUGGUAAAAUGUCUCCUCUUUAGUUUUGGGCGUACAUUAGGCUGCGAAGCAUGCUCUACUUAUUUUCAUUGCUAGCGUUGGUUGUAGUUUGUUUUAGUCUUUGUUUCCUGAUAGUUCUGACAAUAACCAUAUGAUUGCCAUUUGUUGUGAUAUUGUACGCAGGCAUGACGUAUUUCUUCCUGAAAAUAGCCUAAUUUCUGUGUAAAAUGUGUUGGUUAGAAAUUUGUUAUUGACAAAACACUUGUCUAUUCCGCUAUUACGGUCCCAGCACCUCAACCCCUAGUAAAAGGCAGUGGAAAUGUGAAAUUCCUUGGAGUAGCCCAGUCGAUCGAGCUGAAUUCGGCUGCAUAUCUGGCAACCUCAGUCAGGGAGAGGGGAGGGGACUACAGAAUUCUGACCGUGAUUGCAGUACCAUUUCUGGACAGAUUCUUACCUAUGGCUCCUUUUAAACUAUAUUUAAACCAGUGUGUGUGGCACUGGGAGCAGGUGGGUAAAGUGUCUUGCCCAAGGACACAACGGCAGUGACUAGGAUGGCGGUAGAGGGCCUCGAACCUGGAACCCUCAAAUUGCUGGCUCAGCCGCCCCAACCAACCGAGCCACGCCGCCCGCCUUGUCUUGCCUCUGAUUGGCCAGUCCAUAAUGUUUCCCCCAACCUUUUGCCAACUGUGAUUCAUCAUACGAACACCAACCUAUCAUCAUGGAUUGUCUCCGCAUGUAUAUUGUCACGCUGUCAUUGCAUUUUCUCCGUAUUUUUUUUUUGGCCUGGAUUCACAGUCCAUUUUCUUUCUUUGUAGCUUGUAGCUUUGAUGUAGGAUACCACGCUACAUGGGUCUAGAUAUAAGCUACAGGAAUAGCUACUCGUUCAAAAAGUAGCUAAGCUCAUACUUGCCAACCCUCCCGAUUUUCCCGGGAGACUCCCGAAUUUCAGUGCCCCCUCCCGAAAAUCUCCCCGGGCAACCAUUCUCCCGAAUUUCUCCCGUAUUCCACCUGGACAACAAUAUUGGGGGCGUGCCUUAAAGGCACUGCCUUUAGCGUCCUCCCUCACCUGAAAAGGAGACUAUUAUAUAUGUCUCCGUUAUCCAUAGGUUUAUCUAUAACCCAUAAAGUAGGCAGGCACGGAGCUAUUUCUCAGCGUGUGUUUAUUCCAGCCGGCACGUUAAUACACCGACACACAACAUCCGGAUUCCCAUCAUGCAUUGCUUCAAAACUACGGCAAGUAGUAAUGUCCAAAAACAUAACAGAGACGAAGCAGAAGAACGAAGAAGAGACAUGGCGACGACGAGUAAGAAGUACGCUUGCAAGUUCCAAAAUGAUUGGAAAAAAAUUAUUUCAGUUCAUCCAGGACAGCUCGAAGGGGAAGUGGUAUGCUACCUGAACAUUUUGUAAAUCAGACUUUUAUGUGUGUGUAUACGUGUAAAUAAAUGAACACUGAAAUUCAAGUAUUUAUUUUAUUUAUAUAUAUUUUUAUAAAUAUAUACAUACAUUUCAGUGAAUUCUAGCUAUAAAUAUACUCCCUCCCUUAACCCCGACCCCGGUUUGUAUUUUAUGCUUCUCUAUAUUUUUACUUAUUCUGAUGUACAGCCCUUUGUUUUUCAACUGCAGUUUUUGUUAUAGAGCGUUUAAAAAUGACGUUCAUACUGGGUGUGGUGUGUUAAUGCAGCAAAGUGCAUAAUAUCACUGACAAUUUGAAGUGCCCGUGACACUACGGUAGGCACACACUUUAAAAGGCACUUACCUAAAAGCCAAACAUAGUACAUGCAGUAGAACCCUGUCAUCCAUAACAUUACACACACCAAACAUUUUAAGGUUUUUUUGAAAAAGUUGCAUCAAAAUUAGUUUUCCUGGUAGCAAAUCAAUUGCUUUUUUGGGAAAGUAACUAAUAACUAUAGUUCAUCCAUCCAUCCAUUUUCUACCGCUUGUCCCUCUUAGGUUUGCGGGGGUGGCUGGAGCCUAUCCCAGCUGCAUUCAGGUGGAACGUGGGGUACACCCUGGACAAGUUGCCACCUUGUCGCAGGGCCAAUAAAAUUUCAAAUGUAAUCUUUCCAAAACUGCCUCCUAACCUUAACCAACCUGUAUCCACAUGAAUUAGAGCUCAAUGGUUUAAAGUAAAAAUAAAACUUCAAAUGUGUCAGUGCCACACCUCACCACAAGUGAACAUUUUGUGGACAGUUUCAAGUGAACAAUUUGGACUGCACCUGUUUAAUUACAUUAAAAUGAUUUAACUCAAUUAGCUAAUUAAAUGAAGCCUUUAAUGUUUGAUUGUUUUGCGGAAAAUCGUUGCAUAAUUAACAUACAGAACAUUCUAGGGCUGUGUCAAGUUGACAUAAAAAGGUGGCUCAAAGUCGUCCUCAGCAUGAAGCAUCUUCACUGCAAAGAUGCGGUUUCUCUUCCUCCUCUGUGGGAUCAGUGGACUGAUAGCUGGAACUUGGGCUUUGCCUGAAGAAAAGAAAAAAAAAGAUUGCUGUCCUCCGGGAUGGACUCAGGUGGAAGGCCACUGUUACAUCCUGCAAAAGGAUCGCAGGAUUUUUUCUGAUGCAGAGAAAGUCUGCAACGCUCUUGGUGGGAAUCUGGCCUCAAUCACAGAUGCGGUAAAAAAUGCCGCCAUAACUGUACUGGUUCGGGAUGACGGUUUUCAGCCCGCCUGGAUUGGACUCACUGAUGCAGUCACGGAGCGAGUCUUUGUCUGGACCGACGGCAGCCCCUUUGAUUUCCAGAACCUUUUCUCAUCUUUCUUUUUUGGUGACUGUGUGUUCAUCAAUUCAUCUGGUCGAUGGUUCUGUUCAAGUUGCUUCUCCAGGUACAACUUUGUUUGCGGCCAAGAAGCGUGCUGUGAUCACUAAUCAGCCCAUCACAUCUUCCAGAACACAACUUCUUAACUUUUUCAACACUGGGGCCCAACUUUGUGGUUAUGGUUUAAGUUUACUUCGAACAUGCAUACAGUUAAAAUGUGUACAAUGUUUACUUCAAAGUACUG